CUCUCGCCCGGUGCAUUGUGGUCCGUGUGCUAACGGAAGCUGCUGCUGCACCGGAAUCUGAAGAAUUUGAGGUGUCCGCCAAGUCUACUGUUCAUCGUUGGCUCGUCUCUCUGUGUCUCCAUCUGUGCUAUACUUUCUGCGGACAGACCGUAAGGUUCAACAAGGAGAAGAAAUGUCUCAGGCCGACAAAGUGAAGCAGGGCCAGUUCACCAACCCUGAGACUCCGGGGUAUGUUGGAUUUGCCAACCUGCCUAAUCAGGUUCAUCGCAAAUCAGUAAAAAAAGGAUUUGAGUUUACGUUGAUGGUGGUAGGUGAAUCUGGACUUGGAAAAUCCACCCUGAUCAACAGCCUGUUCCUCACUGACCUGUACCCCGAGAGAGUCAUCCCUGGAGCAGCAGAAAAGAUAGAAAGGACUGUUCAGAUCGAGGCGUCGACGGUAGAAAUUGAGGAGCGAGGAGUGAAGCUCCGCCUUACUGUGGUAGACACACCCGGAUAUGGAGACGCCAUCAACAGCCAAGACUGUUUCAGCACCAUUAUCAGCUACAUCGAUGACCAGUUUGAGCGCUACCUCCAUGACGAGAGCGGUCUAAAUCGUAGACACAUUGUUGACAAUAGAGUUCACUGCUGCUUCUAUUUUAUUUCCCCGCUUGGCCAUGGGCUGAAACCUCUGGAUGUUCAGUUCAUGAAGGCCAUUCACAAUAAGGUCAAUGUGGUUCCUGUCAUCGCCAAGGCAGACACGCUCACCCUCAGGGAGAGGGAGAGGCUCAAGCGCAGGGUUCUGGAUGAGAUCGACGAACAUGGCAUCAAGAUUUACCACCUUCCUGAUGCCGAGUCAGAUGAGGAUGAGGACUUCAAAGAGCAGACCAAGAUCCUCAAGGCUAGCAUCCCAUUUGCAGUGGUGGGAUCCAACCAGCAGAUUGAGGCCAAAGGGAAGAAGGUGAGGGGCCGCCUCUACCCUUGGGGCGUGGUGGAGGUGGAGAAUCCUGAACACAACGAUUUCCUCAAGCUGCGGAUCAUGCUCAUAACCCACAUGCAGGAUCUACAGGAAGUGACUCAGGACCUUCACUACGAGAACUUCCGCUCGGACCGCCUCAAGCGGGGUGGCAGGUUGUCCUCCCAUGGUUACAUUCUGCCUCUGUCUCCUGCAAAGGGACCGGAGCCGGAGGAAAUGGACAAGGAUAUGAUCCUGCAGGAGAAGGAGGCGGAGUUGAGACGAAUGCAGGAGAUGAUUACCAAGAUGCAGGCUCAGAUGCAGAAGCAGGGAGACGGCGAGGGAGACAGCCCCCAUGUGUGAGACGUCUACGGUAUUUGAGCCACUGCUCGAGUUCGACUAGAGAGAUGGAGGAUAGCGGAGAACGUGUAAUCAAGUUAUUGACUUGCACUGCUUGCCACUAUUUUUAUUCUAAUCCUUCAUGGGAUCUGGAGUCGUCUUCUUUUUUUUUUUUUUUUUUUUAUAUAUAUACAUAGUUGAGUAUAUUCAAACAGUUACAUUUAUAUAUUUUCACAUGGUUCUUCUUCUUGCCAGUUACUCAAAUGAAGUCACGAGACCCAUCUUUUAAAAUAGUGGCAUAUAUCUUUGAUACAAACUGCUACUUCUCCUUUUUUUUCCUUCUAUUUAGAAAACCAAAGUUCUGCUUGUAGUUCUAAAACAUCUCGGCAUGUGCUAACGUUGCUCUGUGAAGGAGCUUCAUUGGGAGAGUCGGCUGAGCUGAAAACUAGUAGCAGAAGUAGCUUUUUCCACCACUGCUAUGCCAUUAUCUUGAUAUUCUUUAAGUGAAGAGAGAACAUGAUUUCAUAUUCUCUCUGGUGAAUAAAUGACCACACAAGCUUCCCAAUAAAUGGGCUCCAUUUGCUCGGUGUUAAUCGUAUUACCCACCUCAUCUGCAUGCAACUCUCAGCCCCCACUUUCAGGUGAAUUCUCCCUCUAGUGAUAAAGACUUAUCCAUUAGUGCAGUUCUCAGAUCAGUAUCUUUAAGUAAAAUGGCAUUUGAGUGUUAAGCUCCUUUUUAAUUUUGAUAUGAAUGAAAUAAACUGUGACCCUUGACCUCUUACAGUCUUCCUGUAGCCCUGACAAAUGAAGGACGUGCUUAUGAGGUGUGAUGCCUCCGUUUGGUGCUUUCAGUCAAUUAGAAGUGAUUACUCCAUGUUUCCGCUCCACUGUAAAGUCAUGUGCCAGGGAGCGUUAACUGUUUCAUGUCUGUUUUCUCUAUUUCAGUGAGAUUUGAGGUAUAAACUUUUAAUUUCCCAACUGCCGAGUACUUUGUGGUUUCCAUGAGCAGAGAUUAAAGUGACCUAAUGAGGUCAUCGUAGCCAACGGUUCCCUCACCAGCCGAGAUGUGAGUUCUUGACAUUCCUCUUUGUGCUGUUUUUAUCCAAUAAAGCACCAAAUAUUGUUCUUGAUGCAUAUAUUGUAAUAAGUUUUAUUAAACUUUAUUAAUCUGUGA